AUGCGCUGCCACACGGUCGCGGAGACGCCCGCGUGGGACACGCGCCACCCGGCGCUGCGAAUUGCCGUCGGAGAGAAGAAGGACCGGACGAUGGGACACGGCGAGCGCGACUCGUACAAUUGGCUCGUCGACUGCCUGCGCCACUGGGUCUUGGUCAACGCCUUUGUCGACGCGACCGCCGACGCGACGAUCCGUACCGAGGACCUCGGCGCCGAGGCGGUCCUCCGACUCGCUGCGUUGGCCAACCUGACCCGCGCCGACGGCUCGCGCGUCACGCUGAGCGACGCGGCCGCGGCCCGGGCGACAGUCACGAACGCGAACUCGGCCCACACCCGCAAGCCCGAGGCCGGCGACGACGCCGUCACGUGGCCGGCCCUCCUCCGCCUCGACGCGCCGUACGCGGUCCUCGCACAGGCCCUCGCCAUAGGCUACGGCUACGACGUCAGCCCGCGCGCGCCCCGGGCGAUGGUCCGAGCCGCCUGCCUCGGCGACGGGCCUUCGAUCUUCGACGCGGCGCCCCCCGCGUGGCCGGGCGGCGUCGUCCCCGCGGGCGACGCGCGGCGCGCUCGGCCCCUCGCGUGCUUCUUCGAAGGCGACUCGAAGCUCUGGGCGUGCUACCUGCGCUGCGACGGGACGUUCCUCGGCGAAACGAAGCAGGCGGCUCCCGCGAAGAACGCGACGCUCACGACCGCCCCGUGA